GCCCGCUACUGGUCGGCGCCGAUGUCCGUAGCCGUCUUCACUCCCGACGUGGAAUACGCCAUCGCCCGCGCCUACCUCAGCUACCUCGUCACCUGCUUCCCCUUCCUGGGUGAGAAAGUGAGCUUCCACUUCACUUACCCGAGAGAUCACCUGCCCAAGGACGUGCCCCUGGUCAUCAAUCACCUGGAGGACAGGUGCGACCAGCCUCUGGGAGUGUUGAAGGAGCUGCUCAAACACAGAGACUCGAAGAUGCUGUCGUGGAGGGAGAGGAUGCCAUACCCACAGAACGUGCUGAGGAACGUGGCCCGGAAGACAUGUGGCACGGAGUGGGUAUUUCUCGUGGAUGUGGAUAUCGUGCCCAUUCCAGGACUGUCGCACACCCUCUCGUCUUUUCUCACGUCGACGCCAGCGCUCAAGUGUAAAAAGUGUGCAUUUGUCCCCGCGAGCAGCUGCACCCGAAGGAGGGCGGGGUCACCAUCAGCCACCAGGUCACCAACUUCGAGUUCUUCUACGAACCCUUCUACGUGGCCAGGGAUGACACGCCCACUCACGACGAGCGGUUCCUGGGCUAUGGAUUCACGCGAAAUACGCAGGUGUACGAGAUGUUCGUGAGCGGCUACACCUUCCACGUGCUGUCCCCCAUCUUCACGCUUCACUGGGGCAUGCAGGUGAAGCGCUCCCGUCCAGCCUGGAGAGAGAAGCAGAACAACGCCAACAGGAGGCUGUUCGAGGGCUUCAAGAGGGAGGUGUUCGCGCGGUACGGCAAGGAUCCUCUCAACAUGAUGGCGACGAAGAAGACGAAGAAGUCAUAGCGUCGAGUGUGAGGUCGAGGCUGUUGCUCCUGAUGGAUGAUGACGUCCGCGCUGAAGGCUGUUGGUCCUGGAGGUUCUUGUUCCUGAAGGAUGUCGUCGCGCCUGAAGGUUAUUGCUCCAGGAGGUUGUUGUUCCUUGAAGGAUGUCCCUCCCGAUUGGGGUCGCUCUCGAAGGCUCUGAAGGACGGCGUGGGAUAGUGAGUGUGAGUGCCGAUGUCUUCGUCGACGGUGAAAUGGCUGACGUCGCCUGUAACACGCGUGGUUUCGGAAGGGCCUCCCCCCCCCCCCCCACGCAGCACAAAGGGCGCGAGACGGAAGAUCACCGAUCCUCAGAGCAGUGGGAAGCCCUCGCCACACCGCGAAACGAACGGCUUGUUUUUCUGCGCCGUUCGCAUGCUUUAACAAUCAAGUCGGCAAAUGCGAAAUGGUCGUUUGCCAUUCCACGUGAGUCUAAGGGACAGGAGGUCGGGAUUCCACAAGGGACCUCGAGUGGGUGAUUCCGUGUUCUGACAAAUUACGAUUAAAAUGCAUUAUACAUCACCGAGCUUCUUUGCAUCGUCUUGACACGUAAAUCCUAAUAUGCAUAAGAUUAUUAUUAUUUUUUAUUCAGUGUCUGCUUAAAAUGGUUUAUUCACCUGAGUUGAAAACAAGCGACGUAAAUGUAAUGACAAAGGGUUAGCCGACUGAGACGACACAGUGACGCAGCAACGUACACAGUGAGCGAGUGCCAUCACCCUCUAAGAUUCGCCGAGAAAUAUUUCGAGAUAACGUAAUGUCCGAAGAAAUAAUGGCGCAAGGGGGACUAUCGUUAUGAAGAUAUAAUGGGGUACUUCUAAUGGAUUUCAUAGAGGGGACAAGAAGGGGAGAGAAGGUCUUAGUGUUGAGGGUGACUCUGUUAUCCAUCGGCACGUCUCUUCUAUUCCCUUUGCCUUCCCUUACACCUACAAGGCUGGGGUCGAGAGGACAUGCGAAUGAGGUGGGAGAGGAAAUAGAAUUUUCCGCGAUAAUCUGUUAGUAAUUCCAAAAAAAUGCAUUCACAAUCAUUGUAUCCACACCUGUUUCCAUUAUAUUCCGUAGUCUAAGCUUAGUUUAAGUCUUUUGUAAAGAGAAAAAAAAAGUGACGUUGACAGAAACUGUUUGAUAUGUUCCUUAAUUAGCUUUAAGUUCGUGGCCGGUCUCCUCAACCAAGAAGAUGAAGAAGGGAGGGGAAAAGAGGUGACAAGACUCAAGUCCCCUUAACACACGACCUCCGCGAGCGACAUAAUGAACACUUAUUUCACGCGAGUUCGACAAGGGGAUUCCCUUCCCCAGCUCAUUCAAACCUCCGGUGCAUUUAGCCACAGUCGCCGGGAACGCCUGUCUUGUCCCCUGUCAAAAGGGAGGAUGAAACCGAAAGACCGGUUUAACGUUAGGGAUCAUGGGGGAAAAAAGACAAAAAACAGAGGAUCCCGUCGCUCAUUCUCAAGGCAGUCGAGGCUAGAGCAACACCUCCAGGCUUCCAUCAUUAGCAUACCUGGUCAAUAGCGCUGUAUGCUCUGCUCUGAAGACGGAGCAUUCCAAUUUACCCGAGAAUUACCUGAAGGAGAGCCAGAUCCCGAGUGCUGCUGUUGCCGUAGUUUCAUCUCUCGUUUAAUAUAUAUGUAUGUGUGGUGCACUGGUCGGCUGACUAUCCAUGUUACUCAGAAAAGGGAGUAAUUUACGUGAAUAGGAACUAGCGUUACACGGAAAAUCACAAGAUGCAAGAAAUGUGUUAUUUAGAGAAAAACCUGGGAAUGGAAAUUGAAGUUGAGUUAAUAGCAAUGUUCCUGAUUUUUUUAAAUGCAUCAUAUGGAAAAUCUAGAGCAUUCUAGAGCACUGUUGACAAUGAUGACAUGUAAUGUUUAAAAUUUUGUAUGAUGGAAAGGGCUAUAUAUAGUUAUUCAAAGACAAAGCACUAGACAAUAUAUGUGUCGCUCUAAUAGAAAAUAAAGGAUAAUGAAUAAUGGGUAUGUUUUAAGAAUGGGUACAUAUAACACCCUCUUCAUUAACUUGCAGGAAGCUUGUUUGUGUUAAUAUGGAUAUUUUGUAGUUUAUGGUAAGUGUAUAUACGGUCUUGAUGUAAUCUCUCUCUCUCUCUAUCUAUCUAUUUAUC